GGGGGAAAAAAGCAAGAAGGAUCUUGGAUGGUGGUGAAUGGAUGGCUCAUUUAUCAUAGUAGUGCUUCCUCCUUUACCAUUUGACCAUAUUUAUCCAUCUCAAUCACUUCCCACUUUUUAUGAGCAUUGGCCAACCCCCACGCUUCCUUUAUUCUCCCUCUCAAGCUUCAAGCUACUCACACCAAUGAAGAUCCAGUGCGACGUUUGCAACAAACACGAGGCCUCCGUCUUCUGCACCGCCGAUGAAGCCGCCCUCUGCGACGGCUGCGACCACCGUGUCCACCAUGCCAACAAACUCGCCUCCAAACACCAACGCUUCUCUCUUCUCCGCCCUUCUCCUAAACAACACCCUCUCUGCGAUAUUUGCCAGGAGAGAAGAGCCUUUACAUUCUGUCAGCAAGACAGAGCGAUUCUCUGCAAAGAGUGUGACGUGUCAAUUCACUCUGCCAACGAACACACCCUUAAGCACGAUAGGUUCCUUCUCACCGGUGUUAAACUUUCUGCUUCUGCUAUGCUUCGUUCGUCAGAAACUACCUCUGAUUCAAACUCAAACCCUUCUCUUCUUAACUUUUCACACCAAACAACAUUACUACCUCCAUCUUCCACCACCACCACCACCACCAGCAACAACAACAACAACAAGGUUGCUGUUGAAGGAACUGGUUCAACUAGUGCUAGCAGCAUAUCGGAGUAUUUGAUAGAGACUCUUCCUGGGUGGCAAGUUGAAGACUUUCUUGAUUCAUAUUCUGUUCCCUUUGGUUUCUGUAAGAAUGAUGAAGUGUUGCCACGGUUUGAUGGUGAAAUGGAGGGGCAUCUGAGUUCUUUCUCAACCGAGAACAUGGGGAUCUGGGUUCCUCAAGCGCCACCAACUCUUAUGUGUUCUUCACAAAUGGAUCGGGUGAUAGUUCACGGUGAGACCAAUAUCAAAGGUAGCAGCAGAUCAAGGUUGAAGGAUGAUAAUUUCACUGUUCCACAGAUUAGUCCUCCUUCCAAUUCCAAGAGAGCCAGAUUUCUGUGGUAGAAACAAAUAAACAAACAAACAAGCCUCAGUUUCCAUUCUCUUGAGGCAGAAUUAACAACCCUCUUUGUUUUGUUUUGUCCCUUUUCUCUUUUUCUUACCCUGGCUUGUAGUUUACUCUGCCCAUGUUUUCAAUUUGGUUCAGUUUGACUUUUUUUUUUUCCCUUUUUCUUGUUUCUCCUCCCUCUUUCCCUACUGGGCUGUGUUUUGAUAAAUUUGUGCACCUUUCUACUAGUGAUUGUAAAUAUAAACCUUUUCAAAUGCAUGUUGUUUUUUGACACAUGUUUAGAAGAGAAACAACAGAGUAUGAGCUUAAUAGA